AUGAUCAAUGAUGAAGUGCCGAAAGUAAAUGAUGCCUCGAGUUCGUCUCAUAAUGUCACAUCCGAAAACCUAAAACGCAGAAAUAAACAAAACGAAGGAGCUGAUGAUAGCAGCGCCUCUAAUAGCGAUAUACACCUCCCUUUGACAGAAAUCCAUCUAAAGAGUCACGAGUGGUUCGGAGAGUUUAUAACAAAGCAUGAAGUUCCUCGCAAAGCUUUCCAUUCCUCGAUUGGUUUCAUCACGUUAUACCUGUAUACUACGGGCGCAGAUUACACCAAAGUCAAGUUGCCUCUAACUUGUGCAUUCGUUAUGAUCUUCAUCCUGGAUCUCAUCAGAUUGAGGUGGCCACUUUUCAAUAAGCUUUAUUGUCGUGUUGUGGGCGCUCUCAUGAGGAAGCGGGAGAUCCAUAGCUAUAACGGGGUCUUAUGGUACUUGCUUGGAUUGAUCUUCGCCUUUAGCUUUUUCCCCAAAGAUGUGGCUUUGAUCUCUUUGUUCUUACUGAGCUGGUGUGAUACAGCAGCCUCCACAUUUGGGAGAAAAUACGGCCACUUAACACCCAAGAUUGCUAGAAACAAGUCUUUGGCGGGAUCAAUUGCUGCCUUCGUCGUGGGACUGUGCACUUGCUUGCUAUUUUAUGGCUACUUUGUACCUCAUUAUUCCUUUGUGAACCACCCUGGCGAAAUUGCGUGGUCCGAGUCUACUAGUAAAUUGAAUCUGAUCCAGUUGUCGCUUCUGGGUGGAUUCGUUGCUGCGCUAAGCGAGGGAAUCGACUUAUUCAACUGGGAUGACAAUUUCACCAUUCCAGUACUAUCUGCAAUAUUUAUGCACACGUUGAUCCGCCUUUUCCAUGCAUGA